GUUCCCAAAUACAUUUUCGUCGCCAUAUUGCUGGUAGCUCUUCGUGGUGCUAAAUUAAUUCCUGUUUCUGGCCGCUUUUCACAUUCAAAAAGAAAAUGGGCGAUCGUAAUAAUCCAAUAAAGUUUGGGCCGGAAUGGCUUCGUAACUUGUCAAGAGAGCAGGCCACUACGAGGGCAAACAACAGUGCCACUUCCCCUAGCUCGGUUCGACCCACCGGGUCCCAGCCUGGUGGGUCGGGUUCACAAGUCUCGGGGUCUUUGGCAUCCUCACCCCCCACACGAGGGGUGACCCAGAGACCCCGCGGUGGAGGCACAACUGGGGGAGGCAUGGGGAGGGCCACCAGCACAUCCGGCGCCUCAGGCAUCAACACAAGAAAUACAAACCACUACCAAGUUCCGAGGGUUCUCCUGGCAAGCUUGAGGUACGGCAGAGAGGAGAUGCUGGCUCUAUAUGACAGAAACUCUGAGGCACCUGAUGACCUCAAACACUUUGAUGUGUUGUACCAGCCGCGGGGGAAGCCACCCGCCGCAUUGAAUAAUUACGAAGACGAGAAUCGUGAUCGAGGUGGCGUAAGCGGCACGGGCGAUCGCUUCACAGCGGGCCGCGGCACGAACAUGCGCGGCGGAGCCAACGACACACGGCUCAAGAUGCGACCGCCUUUCACGCGCGCGCCGGCGGGCAGGGGCAUGACGGUCGCCGGGAACCCCCGUAUGCCGUACACGGGCGAGGAGGAGGCGGCGACGUCGCGCGCUUGGUCGGCGAGCAACGGCGCGGGCGUCCAGAGACCGCCGACCGAGCAGACAGACUGGAGCAAGAUGUUCCGCAGGCGACAAACGAACAACACCAAUUGGCGGCAGCAGACGGCCCGUGAUGAAGAGGAAUGGCGUCAGGACUCUGCGCGUGCGCUGCCUCGAAAUAACACUGAGAAAUGGGAUCGAGAGUGGGGUGACCGGCCUACGGAUCGCCCACAGAACUGGAACCCGAAUCGGCGCCGGGGAGGAGACGAGGACAACCUACCAGAAUGGGCUGUGGAUAGCACUGAAGGUGGAGGGGCGGGCACAUUUGAUUCAACUGGAGCAUUUCACGGGUGCAGUAAUGAUGACUCCAGCCUACCGAGAUCUCAGGAUCCGCCGUUUGAGCUGACCAGGUCCCACACUCAUGGCAGCUUUGCUCCAAGAAAAUCCUCCAUCGAAGAAGGCUCUGAUGAGUGGUGGGCGUCGGAGAAAGCCAAAAAGCUGUCUCCAAAGAGAUUCGACACCGAUAUGAGAUUUAAGCGGUCCCAAAGCGCGAACGCGGGCGACCCAGUCCCCUCCACUUCAAAAAGUUACGAAGAGCCUGAGAAACAGGAUCAAGUUAAGGCUGAAGCGAGCUCCACCACAGAUGCUGUCGAGAAAAAGUAUCCCGACACACAGACGUUCGAAAAUCCAACGAAGUCCGACGAACGUGAGGAUUUCAAUGACACCGACGAGCAACUCUUCACGUCAGUCAUCAUAACAAAGAACAACUCGUUGCGACAGAAACAUCAGAAUCGGCUGAAACUCAGUGACAUACCCAGAUCCACCUUGAACAAAAUCCCAAUUCCACCGCUGGACAGUACUUCGAGUGAAACACCCGAUGAUCUGGGGAGCUCCCCGUUAAUGUCGUAUCUCGAUAGCCUAAACGACAUGGAGCAAUUGCCUGAGACUUCGGAGUCUACACAAAAUUCCACCUCAAAUCUGGCCAUGAUUAUUAACUCUGCUAACAAUGGAAUGCCUAUGAAUAAUCCGUCACCGAUACCAGCACCAAUACCAGCACCGAUGCAGAACAUUGGCAUGCCCAAUUCCGCUCUAAAUUCGAGUCUCGGGCUACCAAUUGGUACGGGCAGCAACGGUAUGGGUAUGCCCAUGCAAAGGAUGCCAUCGGUUAUGCAAAAUACUCAACUGAACAACAUGGCUAACCCCAUCGGUAGCACCAUGCCGUCUCGUUCACUCCUCGGAGGCUUUCAUACAAAUAAUGGAAUACCAGUUAUCCAAAAUCAGCCGAACGCAACAAGUUCAUUAUUCAUGAAUCAAAAUAGUCCCCAACAGCAGAUAUCGUCAACGACAGAUCCAAUGUCGAAUGUGCCACAAAACCCAAUGUAUCCGAUGCUCGGUCUGCAACACUCGAGUUCUCAAGUAGGCUUCAGGUCCAUGUACGGAAAUGCUAUGCCGAAUAUACCCAGUACGCCGAAUCCGAACAACCUGGCCGAACAGUGGUUCUAUGAGGACCCCAACAAAACUAUCCAAGGGCCGUUCACAUCUCACGACAUGUAUACUUGGUAUCGCGCGGGCUUCUUCAACUCGAGUCUGAUGGUGCGGCGCGGGUGCGACACGCACCUGCGACCGCUCGGAUCGUACGGACCGAUCGUACCGUUCGCGUCGCACGCUAUGAACAUGAUGUCACAGUUUGGAAUGAGCGGGUUCGAUGCCCGACCGCCGGCUAGUGAGAUAUUGAAUCCACAGCCCUCGCUCGGUAUUGACGUGGGGAGGGAUACUUUGUGGAGUCAGCCAACGACUUCUCGUGAUAUGUUAUGGAUGCAGCAACCAGUGAACAACGCUCGGAAUGAGUCGAGUGUUAAUAAUCUGCCCGUCUACUUCUGGGAUCAACAGCCUACCUCUGCCAUAUCUUCCAACUCUUUGCUACCCGAGGACAUCGCCAAGGAGAUGAAGACGGAGGACCAGAUACUGGCGCAGCUGCGGGCGAACCAGACUUUACCGACUGCCCAACCCUUCGUCACCGAAUCUCCUACGCCCACGAGCAUAAUAACGAGCGAUGAUUUUGCGAAUGCGGUUAAAGCGACGCCAGACUUGGAGGAGCUCCAAAAACUAAUACAGAAUGAGUCUUUGCUUGCGCCGCCGCCUGAGGUGAAGACUGAGCCGCCUGAGAUUGACGUAAAGGAAAAACCCAAACCCAAACCCACCAGUACCACCGAAGUGAUCAAGCCACCGCCACAAGUUCAGAAGACCACGGAGACCAAGCAAGCCAAACCCACUAAGCCGGAGGCAGAAAAGGCGACAAAGAACAAAGAGAAUGCAGCAACAAAGACCAAGAAUAAGAAGAAUAAAGAAGAAAAGAAGGAGGAUGCUGUAGAAGUUAAGAAGGAAGAGGAAAAAGUUGAGAAGCGGUCAGCUGAAUCGUCGCCAUCAAAGAGCAAGAAAGAAGAGAAGCCGAGCAAAAAAGAAUUGGAACGAGAAAAGAAGGAGUGGGUGAAAGAAGGCUUCACUAUUGUUAAGGGGCCAGAGAAGAGUGUUAUUAAAGAGAACAAGAAGAAACUGGAAGAAAUGCGCGCUCAAGAAGAAGUGGAACGGAAAAAGAAAGAAGAAGAAAGAUUUGCUGCUGAAGAGGAAAAGAAACGCAGGAAUAUGGAGGUAGCAAAAAAAACACAGGAAUCGCAACCGAAGCCAAUAGAGACCCUGAUCAAGAAGGCGCCGUGGUCGGCGACGCAGGCCGUCUCCACGAAUAAGGACGGGCUCACACUGGCGGAGAUACAGCGGCUGGAGCGAGAGAAGAAGCUGGAGCAGAUGAGGGAGCAGCAGCAGAUGAUGCAGAUCAUCGCGCAGCAGCAGGCGGCCGCUGUCGCCAGGGAACAGGAGAUGCAAGCUGCGGUGGGAUGGGCUAAGAAGAAAACGACUAACAAUACUCCGGGACAGAGUCUGGCUGAGAUACAGGCGGAGACGAAGCGGCAGGCAGCGGCGGCGGCAGCGGCUGCCGCUGCGGCAGCUGCUGCGGUCGAGGAGGUACAAGUCGCCGCCCCGCCCACAACUAACCACGCCCCCUGGGCCAACACGCAUAAUGGGGAAAGAAACCGUUUCUAUGGUGAACAUGCGACGCCAGCAGGUGGUUUUUGGGACACACAACCGAAUGUCGCGCAACCGAAGCAGGAGAAACCUGCGGAACCACCGAAACCGGCGGAACCAGCUAAGCCGAAGAAGAAACCAGCGGUUGCCGCAACCAAUAAGAAGGAGACCACCCCGGCCGCGGAAUUCGAAGUCUGGUGCAACAACAUGCUGGCGUCCUGGAGUUACAAGAUUGAUGUGCCCACAUUCGUCGGCUUCCUCAAGGACAUCGAGUCACCGUACGAGGUGAAAGACUACAUCAAGUGCUACCUCGACGAGUCCAAAGACUCGAAUGACUUCGCGCGACAGUUCCUUGAGAGACGGUCUAAGUUGCUUCGUGUCGGCAUGGUGACCCCGUCGGAUGACCUCUGCUCGCCGGCGAUGGCGAUCAACCCGCGCAACUCCGGCUCCGACUACCAAGAGGUGAAGGGCAAAGGGAAGAAGACGAAAAAGAACAAGAUGCUAAAAGUGGACGCGCGCAUACUAGGCUUCUCGGUAACCGCUUCCGAGGACCGAAUCAACGUCGGUGACAUUGACACCGUGUGAAUCGUUACUAGUGUCUAACUCGCCAUGUGAUAUCCGCCUCGACUUGUGUCAACUGUAGCUAACUUCUAUACAGCUACCGCAUCUUCUGUUAAUGCGAUAGCUGUUACAUUUUAUCUUCAAUUAGCUACUGUGUGAAAAACGGCCUGGUUUACUAAAAAUUACCUGUUUUUACACUUUAGCUACAGUGUCAAAAGUUUUAAACUAGAAUCCCGUGUUUUUGCUAUUGCGUCAAAUUAAUAAUUGUCAAUGAAGUGGUUUAUCCACACCCACCCUUUAUACACUGAUCGUGGAUGACCUUGAUUAUUUGCUAAAUUAAAUGUUAAUUUCUAAUUUUUAUAUAGUACGGUCGCAGGAGGAGAGAAACUCACUUGUCUUAUCGC